AUGCCACAGUUGCACCUGAACCAUGCCAAAGGGGCGUCGAUGACGGUGGAGCAGCCGAUUCCACAGUUGUAUGGGACCAUCAACUUCGGCCAUGCGAUGCCACCAGGACAUAGAACUGCCUGUGCUUCCAGUCCAGCACGGAUUUCACAAAGGCACAACAGUGUCAGUUCCAUCAGUUCUACGCAGCCUGGCCGCCGCCCUCGUUCCUCCGACGACGCGAAACGCGACGCCGCCAAGAAUUCCGCAAACCGCUCUAAGAAGUUUGGCGCUUUGCAAGCUCAUCAAGUGCGACCCACCCCCCCUCCUUCGACUCCUCGUCGUCAAGCUUGCGUCGCUCGACCUCCAACCCCCGUCACCCCCGUUCCCACUCAACGGCUAGGCGAGCCUUCGCGUGGAUCCGGUGCUGCACAGCCCUCUACCCCCGCCGGUCCGUCCACGCCCACCAACCCGAAUGUCGUCCCGCUUCGAGGUCUGAUCACGCCUUCCUCUACCAAUGCUCUAGCUGCCGGAGAGGCUGAUUCUCCCGAGGGGACUCGAAGGACUCCCGUCAUUCUUCGCACCUACCGCUACAACCGCACCAUUCGUAGGGAGAAGACCAGUGUCUGUAGUGUUCCCUCCGUUUUGUCCGACAAUUCGUCGCUACCCAGCGUCUUGGGGGCACUACUGGGCUCCAGAGUAUCCGACAAGGACGUACGCGAUAAAUUGAUUCAAGUUUUCAUCGCCAAUGGUAUCUGCCAGAUGUGCCAAUGUAUUUCUUGGAACUUGUCCAGCCUGCAAUGCGGUCACUCAUUCUGUACUACCUGCCUCUCGACGGCUUUCAAGGCGGAAUUGCAAUCCAAUCUCGAGCCAUUGAGAUAUGGCUAUCACUAUGGACAUUCGAUCACCCAUUGCAGCCGUGCCCCAACCAACGCUAUCCAAUUUUCUCGAACCCUUUCAGCAAUUGAGCGCCACGGCAUCCGACCUGAAGAGGUGUUCUCGUAUCGCUGCUGGAUUUGCCGCCACGCCGUCAAGACAGUCCCCGUUCCCAAUUAUACCAUUCGGGGAAUUCUCAGCGAGCUCUACCAAGUCAUCCGGCGGGACCUUGACGACCUGGGCUACAGUCGCAUUGCCGAGGACUGUGGUCAGCGGGCUUUCGAUUUCCUUUUUGUGAAUGGUGUCUGA